GCACCCGCACAGCCCGGCACUCUUCUUCUCUCUCGUCUGGAAAUUUAUAAUAAUAUAUGAGGAGGAGGAGGGAAGGAGGUCCCAAGGAAUAAAGUGCGUGAGUGCUUUGAAUGCUCUUUUUUGUUUUUCUGGUUCUUUUCUUGGUCUUGGAUAAAGAAUUACCAAGAUAAGCCAGCAUCCUAAAAGGAGUCUUCUGCUGCUGCUGCUGCUGCUUCUUGUGACAAUACCAAUGUUUGAAGAAAGGGGGUAAUGGCAGCAGAGCAGAGAUCUUCUAUGAGGACCUCGCCAGCCAUUUCAGUAGUGGAGCAGAUUUAGAGGAGGCGGAGAAAUAAAGAAGAAAAGUUUCUCAAGAUUUCUGCGGAACUUGUGCUGAUUUAAUAUGGGGUCAUUGGCAUCCGAGACAGAGACCGUGCACCCGGAGAUCUACAUAUCAUUGGGUCUGAAGGCAUCAGGCAGAGGAAUUGCUGAAUUUCCAAGGAUAUUGUCUCUUCUGUCAUCACUUCUUGAGAGAGCUGUUCAGAAGAAUGAAAAGUUACUAGAUUCAAAGAAAAUUAAAGAAAUUGUCACCAUUUUUCAUGGUUUGAGAGCCCCAAACCUUAGCAUACAGAAGUAUGUAGAGCGUAUCUUCAAGUAUUCGAAAUGUAGCCCAUCCUGCUUUGUCCUUGCACAUAUAUACAUCAACAAAUUUCUUCAGCAACCAGGCAUUCAUCUGACUUCUCUCAAUGUUCACCGCUUGAUGAUUACAAGUGUCGUGGUAGCAGCAAAAUUCAUUGAUGAUGCAUUUUUCAACAAUGCAUAUUACGCCAAGGUAGGAGGAAUCAGUACUGUAGAGAUGAACAGACUGGAGCUAAAUUUCUUAUUUAGCUUAGAUUUUAGACUUCAAGUGGAUUUAGAGACAUUUGGAAAGUAUUGUUUACAGUUGGAGAAAGAAGCCACAGUAUGCACCAUAGAACGGCCAAUGCAGGUCUGCAGGCUAGAUGACUGGACUUCUGUGGAAGAUUCCAAAAGCCAACCAGCAGUCCAAAGGUACAGUUGUGGGGCUGUCUAAGGGCUUUUGUAGUUUUCCUAUAUGCACUCUACAACACUCAUGAACUUCUUGUGAAUGACAAUUGCCUCCUUGCUCUAUUGAUGUUUCCAUAUCUUUGUGAAAGCCUGUUUUCCAA